GCCAAUCAGGAAGUCCGGGGCGAACCAUUGCGGCGACGGGGAUGGCUCGCUCACUUCCCUUUCCUCCGGGCUCUGGGGACCUUCGCCCAGCAGGACCGUGGGACAGCCAGGGCCUCCCUCUCCCGAGCGCCCGUCAGUCUCAACACGCGACGGCCGCCUCAGAGCUGCUGGGACCAAGGGCUCCAGCUGUCAGCCUCGGCAGCCCGCGAGAAGCGGGCGAUCUCCAGACACAGGGUGCAGCCGAGCCCGGCAUCCAGCUGCCAACUUUGUGCCUGUAUCUGUCGCCUCGCCUCUGCCCUCGGGGUAUGUAACCGCCAUGCCCGUGGACACGCUGAGCCCUGCAGCCCCCGCCGCUCCUGCGCUACCUUUUCGCCUGCGAACCAAGGUCCCUAGCUACCUGCUACCAAGGCCAGCGGAUGGGGGAGCCCGGAAGCUGAGUGCCGUGGAACGCUUGGAGGCUGACAAGGCCAAGUAUGUCAAGAGCCUCCAUGUGGCCAACACCCGCCAGGAGCCUGUGCAACCCCCACUGGCUCGACAGCCCCUCUUCAGCCCUGGUCCUCGGGGGCCAGUGCUCACACCCAGCCGCCGAGUCUUGCCCUGUCCUGGCCGCCGGCCCCAACUGGACAUCGACAUCCUUAGCAGUCUCAUCAACCUGUGUGAUAGUCCUGUGACCCCAGCUGAAGCCAGCCGAACGCCUGGACGGGCAGAAGGAUCUGCCCACAAGGUCCCACCAGCCACCCCUCCUCGUCCACCGCCUAGUACGGUCGCUGUGCGCCGAGUGGAUGUUCGUCCCCUACCUGCGUCACCUGCUCGUCCUUGUCCAUCGCCUGGCACCACUGCCACCUCCAGCCCCGGCCGGCCACCUGGCCUGCAACGCUCCAAGUCGGACCUGAGCGAGCGCUUUUCCAGGGCAGCAGCCGACCUCGAGCGCUUUUUUAACUUCUGCGGCCUGGAUCCCGAGGAAGCACGAGGAUUGGGGGUGGCCCACCUAGCAAGGGCUAGCUCGGACAUCGUGUCUCUAGCCGGCCCGAGUGCUGGACCUUGCAGCUCCGAAGGGGGCUGCUCACGCCGUAGCUCUGCUACAGUGGAGGAGCGGUCCCUGGAGCGUGUCCCCUACGGCGUGUCUGUGAUUGAGCGCAAUGCCCGCGUGAUCAAGUGGCUGUAUGGGUUGCGGCAGGCACGUGACCCUCCGGCUACUGAGGGCUAGGUCUCCUGGACUCAGGCUUCCCGGAAGGACAUCGUGAAGAGGCAGUUGGCACCUUGUCCUUUCUUGUGUUCAUUGGCUGCCUUCUGGCAGACCAGAGGCAGCUCCCUUGGUUGAACUAGGUGUAGAGGCCAAGACUUAGUCCUAGACCAGCAUCCUCUGGCAAGCAAGGACUGACCUACAGAGGCUUGCUGCUGCCCUUGGCCUCCCCAACCCCUAAACAAGGUUUGUGACACAGUGUGCUUCUGCCUGGUUCCUCUGGUAAGGCUGGAUUUGGGCUGCUUCCCCUCCACUGAGUUGGGAACCAAGUACUUUGCCAAGCCUGUCUGCCCCGAGGGGCCGUUUCCUCCUUCCUUCUCUGUCCUCCUUUGCUGACUUCCUUUUCCUUACCAAAUGGGCCCUGGCUUCCGGGGAACUCGCUCUGGGGAGGAGGUUGAGAGAAUGGGAUCUGUCUACUGCUCUUCCUGGUCUUAGGAGGUGGUCUGGGUGGGUAAACUACCAAAGGAGGCCCUGGCUAGGAGCUGCUGCUCAGACUUCUCUUUGGUUAAUAAACACAAAUGUCUGUUU